UUCAGCGCCGGCCGCGUGUCCUUGAAGCAGCAGCGGUGGCUCCCGGGGCUCUCGGACGCUCGCCCCGGCCGGAGCCUCGGGGCACGGGCAGCAGGGACGGGGAACUUCUCCUGUGGGCACCUGCUGAUCCAACCCGGGCUGCCCUUCCCCGGGCACGGCUCUGCUCUGGGAGCACCUGUGACAGCUCUGCCCGAUGCCCUCAGAACAUGUCUGAUUGGACCAGUCUGUGGUAUGUCUGGCUGAUCUUGCUGCUGGUGUUCCUGCUCCUGCUCUGCGGGGUCUCAGCGAGCUGUGUCAGGUUCUGCUGCAGGAAGAAAAGGAUCCCAGUGGAGCCCUUCCCUCGGCACCCCUGCGACCUGGCCGUGAUUGGCAUUGACAGUGACAGCACUGCCCACAGCACAGUGACCUCAUACAGCUCAUGGCAGUACCCCCCAAGUGUCCAGAUUCCCUUGGUAUUUGUGGAUAUGGAUAAGAACACUGUGUCCCCUCCAGCUUACAGCCUCUAUGCCAUGGACCUGCCACCUUCCUAUGAUGAAGCUGUUCAAAUGGGAAAGCAAGUGGCACGGACAAACCAGAAACUUGAUGACAUCCCUGAACAGGUGACACCACGUGGGCUGAACCCCAGCCAGUCCCCACCUGACACAAUCAGCAGAGAUCCAGCAACACAGGCAAAUUUAGAAGAUUCAGAAGAUGCCAUGAAAGAACAGCCACAGGUCUGACUCAGUUCAGAUGGGGAGAAAAGCAAGGGAAGGACUGUAAGAGUUAAAGAAGACAUGAAGAUUUUGGGUUUCUAAGUAGGUUAUGAUGGAAAGAUAUUUCUUCUCAUGCCCUUGUAAUGAUCUGUCAGAAGAAAUGUUUUCUGUGACUGCUCUAAUCCCCUGGUAAAGCUUCUUCAAGGAUAUGAAAUGAGGUAAAGGGACAGCAGUUUAAAAAUGCCUGUAAAAGUGGGACAUGAAUGCUUGUUCAUCCUCUGAUAAAAAAUUGUUCCUUGUGUCCAGCAAUAAAAAAGGUUAGGAGAGUUUUGCCACCUUGGGAAUACACUCAGAGCAGCACAAACAGGAAGCUGUUGUACUAGAACUGAAGUUUCUCAAGCUGGAGUUGAAGGGGAAUCCCAGCAAGUGACACUGAGCAGCCUCUGUGGUUUCUCUUCCUUUGGGAACACCAAGUGCCCAGGAAGCUGCUGAGGACAAAGAGCUGCUCAUGUUCCUCCAGGAGCAGGAAGAUGCCAGGACAGGAGAGCAUGGAGGGAAAUGCUUUGUGUUGUUCCACACCUGCACCAAGGGAAGGAGGCAGAUGAGACACAGACACUUCUGUGCUGCUGGUGGUCAUGAGACCCCAAGGGAUUGGUUUUGAGUUUCUAUAAAUCUUUCCAUUUCUAUUCUCAAGAUGUGUUGCCUUGUGGGUGGUUCCCUUUGCUAUUUAAUUUUUCCAGAUAAAGUACACAUGAAUUCCAAAGAGACACCUGCACACAUGGUUCGGUAUUAUUGAUGUGUUUCAAAUAUUCAAC